UGCAGGUAACAGUAUGGCGGUAUGUACCAAUGCAUAACUCGCCAAACACCUGAACAGUAAAGCUGCACUAUGAUCUAAUCAGAUAUCUGGUAUGUCCAAUGAAAGUGAUGCUGUGAGUACUGUGUGUCCCGCAGGUUGAAGCAUGCUACAGAACAGGGCGGCCUGUCAGCACCGGGGGGCGGGUUUAUACCUGUACCUGACUGUCAGGAAGAAGCAGCAUUCUGAGCAGGUGACUGACAGCAGAGGUGGAGCCGCCGCACGUCACCGGAUCCUUAUAAGCUGUGACUAAGGGAUAGGGAGCAAUUCACUGCCAGAGACACCAGGACUUAGCUGAGAGGACGACAACUUCACACUGCAGGAAACUUUAAGAAAUUCUACGGAUUAUCGUCUUGAAGAUCCAACUCUCCCAGCCCAUUGUUAUUGAUAGAUCCUGAUCCCGGUCAUUGGAGGUACAAGACCUCGACCGAACCUCUUCAAGAUGCCUCGUCUUUCCUUCAGUAGAGGGGGGAAGAAGGCGAAACAAAUGCUACGUACUGGAACAUUGAGGAAGCCUCGGAAGCUCCAGAGUCAGGAUUACCAGACCCUGCUGGAGAAAUGUGUGAAGAGCAAGCAGCUGUUCGUGGAUGAGGCCUUCCCGGCCAAGAUUAGCUCCAUCGGCUGCGGGGACCUCUUACGAAAACUCCCCUCCUGUGUGGAAUGGAAGAGGCCACAGGAGCUGGUGAAGAAUCCGCAGUUCUUCGCUGCAAAUGCCAGUCGCUUUGAUUUGCACCAGGGACUCACAGAAAAUUGCUGGUUCCUGGCCGCCCUCGCCUCCGUCACUUUCCACAAAAAGCUACUGAGCAUCGUGGUGCCCCGUAACCAGAGUUAUGACAAGAACUAUGCUGGAAUCUUCCACUUCCGAUUCUGGCGCUUCGGUGAGUGGGUGGACGUGGUCGUGGACGAUCGCCUGCCUGUGGAUAGUGAUGGGAAGCUCCUGUUUGUCUCAUCCGCAACUAAGAAUCUGUUUUGGGGAGCCCUCCUGGAGAAAGCCUAUGCUAAGCUCUGCGGUUCUUAUGAAGACUUACAGAUCGGACAGGUGUCUGAAGCCCUGGUAGAUUUCACCGGCGGCGUCAACAUGACCAUCAAGUUAGAGCAGGCACCUCCCGAUCUAUGGCAGAUCAUGGUUAGAGCGGCGUACAGCGGCUGUCUGAUGGGAUGUCAGACCCGAUCAGGGCCCGAGCGGGUCCUGGAGAAUGGAUUAGUGGCGGGACACGCGUACACUGUGACCGGAAUCAGAACGGUGACCUGCAAAUCUGGAACAGAAAAUUUAGUCAGGCUGAGAAACCCAUGGGGAAAGAUUGAAUGGAAAGGAAAUUGGAGUGACAGUUCCUCAAAAUGGGAACAACUGAGCCUCAAGGAAAGACUACUACUGCGGAAGACCCGAGAAGAUGGAGAAUUCUGGAUGUCUAUUGAAGACUUUGAGGCUCAUUUCGUGGAGCUGGUCAUCUGCAAGCUGACCCCUGACCUGAUGAGCCAUGAGAACGGCAAGGAAUGGACGCUGUCAAUGCAGAUAGGGAAAUGGGUGGAGGGCAGCACGGCGGGCGGCAGGAUGACCUUCACAGAGUCCUACUGGAAAAACCCUCAGUACCGGCUGAAGAUCCUGGUGGGAGACAACAUGGAGAAGUACACCAAUUCCUGCAACGUCCUAGUGUCGCUGCUUCAGAAACAGAACCAUAAACACAGGAACCAGUCCCCUCCCUUCUACAUUGGGAUGUCAGUCUUCAAGGUGCCGCUUGAGUAUCAGAGUGUGAGGUGUCGGCUGCCACAAGAAUUCUUUCUGAACCACCGUCCGGUGAACAAUAAGUGCGUGUUCAUCAAUGAGCGGGAGGUGACCCAGGACUUCCACCUGUACCCAGGGUCCUACGUCAUCGUCCCCUCCACCGCAGACCCCGGACAGGAAUGUGACUUCAUCCUUCGUGUCUUCUCCAGAAAACACAUCCUAGAGGUUCAAGGAGAGAGUCCUAAUAUGGUUUUGUGCUGCAAGAAAGUUGCUGAUAAACAGGACGAUCGGGAAAAUUUCAUUAUCAGAUAUUUUGAAAAGCACCCGGAGAUCACCGUCUCUCAGCUGCAGGUAUUGCUGAAUAAAGGAUCGUGGCCAGGUGUCAGGCACGCUCCAGUCAGGUUCAGCUUAGACGCCUGUAAAGUCAUUAUGGCUCAGUUGGACGUCAGCGCAUCCGGGACACUCAACGUGAUCGAGUUCUACAAUCUAUGGCAGAGACUCAUUUCUUACCAGGAGAUUUUCCAGAGGAUAGACGUUGAUAAAUCGGGAUAUUUGGAGCUGAACGACCUGCAGACCGCGGUGCAAGAGAAAGGAAUCACAUUGAGCCGUCAGUUCUACAGCCUAAUGGCGCUGCGAUACGGCAACUCCUCUCUGAAAAUCAAUUUCGAGAAUUUCGUCUGCCUCAUGCUGAGGAUGGAGAUCAAUGGAGAGGUCUUUCAGAACUUAAGUAAAGAUGGAAAAGGAAUCUAUUUAAAUGAAGCGGAGUGGAUGAUGCUGACUCUCUACGCCUGAGGACACCAAAAAAACAUUUUUUUAAAGGAUAUUUGCAGUGAUUUUAAGCAACCCAUUUUUUUUAUUCAUGGCGAUUUUUUUCAAAAUUUAAUAUUUUUUAUUGAACAAUCAAGAUCAACUUUUUCUCCACUGAUAAAGUCCAAAGACAUUUCGGACAUUUCGUGCCUUAUUUGUACUGAAUAUUUAUUUUUCAUAUAUAUAUUUUUUCUACAAUUGUUAUUUAUUAAUAUCAUUAGUUUGUUAAUGGAUCUGUCACUUGAGGACUCCCAGCCAAUGGAAAGGAGCAGCGGACUCCACGUAGACGUAGAGGUGGAGAAUGACGCCUCGACACGCCGGAGAUUUCUACAGCAGAAUCACGAUAGAAACAAAGUAGCCAAUUAUCCAUUUGUACAUGAAAAAUUGGUUCCCAUAGUCCGGCGCUCCCCCCUAGUCUGACACGUCGCUGCCUGAUAAUCUGGAAUGACAGCAGAGAAGAGAACCCCGCAGGAGCUGUGACUACAGAGACACUGCUGGUCGGUGUCGCUGCCUCCAUGGA